AUGUCCCGCCACCCUGCGCUCGGCAGCCCUGCGUCGCGUCAUUUUUUCCUGUGCGUCUUUCUCUUCUUUGCCCUUUCUCAUGUAACGCCUAUCUCGUCUUCGCCGUUUCCGCCGUUCUCCUCUCCUCUGGCUGCCGCUUCUUGCCAGGCUCGUCCGCUCGCAGUGUGCGCCGCCCACCUGCUGAACUCGGCCUCGCGCCCGUGCACUCCGGUGCAAAGAUGGUCAAUCCGCGAAUCUGGUCGCUCUUCGAGCUCGUCGGCCCGGUCCUCUUCUUCCUCUGCGCUAUCUGACACUCCUCCGUCUUUGGGCGCUCGGCUUGUGUCUUUUUCGAGAAAACAGCUUCAUGGCGGUUCUUUGCCGUGCGCCCGCGCCGUCUCAGUGCGUUGGUUUCCCCAGGCCAAGCUUCUGCCCCUCUGUACGCUUCUCCAUUUGCACUGUCUCACCACGCUCUUGUCUUUCACAGCUCUCGGUCUGAACGCGUUGCUUUCCUCGCAGCAUCUCUUGCUCCUCCCCUCGCUUCCGUUCUUCUGGCGGCGCCUCCUCGACAAAAACAACCAGCUGCACGCCUUUAUCCGAGGUGUCAUUACACCUGACCUUCCGGCUGUGCAAGCCACGCUGACCGGCCCUUUUUUCGAGGAGCUCCAGUUCCGAUUUCUUUUGCAGAAAUGCCUGCUCUCUCCGCUGCUUUCGCUUGUGUCCUUUUGGCUCUCAGUUGAGGGCAAGCGGCCGCUUACCUUCUUUCGCGAGCGGCCGAGUCCAUUUCUUUCCGCCGACAACGGCGGAGAGGCGAAAAGCCGGGGUAGACACGCGCAGGCGACAAGACAGUCUUAUCACUGCUCUCCGCAAAGACAGGAAACCAGCCGGAACCGCAAACACUCAACGGGGACAGGCGCCGAACACAACAACCAAUCCGUGGAUCGGGCGCGCGUCAGUCAACGUCUCGGGAAUGCUCUGAGGCGUUCGAGAUUUUCCUCAGAGGGGGAACGUGGUGCCCAUAAGCAGAAGGAGGUCAAGACGGAUACGGAAAGACUGUGCGCGAGUACGAAACAGGAACAAUUCCAAGGAGCGCAAGAGCCCUCUCCUCCGUCGCCUUGUCGAGUUGAAGAAAGGCUCCGCAUUGCAAUCAGUUCGCUCCUGUUCGCGAUCGCGCACUAUGUACCUCCGUCCUCUUCCGAGCUCGACCACCUUGAGUCCAGGCCUCCUACGUCGCACAUUGCGACGCCUUCUCAUUUCCAGGAGCCUUCCGGGCCGAGAAUUUCUUCCACAUCACCUUUAGGCUCGCCUUCUCUCUCCGCCCGUACUCCACAUCGCUCGGGUCUCCUCUCUGCGCCAGUCGAUACUCGCUCUGUGCACGGCCCUUUCCCCUCCCAUCGGUGGCGAAUUGCAGAUUGCAUUGCGGCGAACCGCAUCUUAACUGCCGCCGUCCAAGGCUGCGUUUGGGGCUUUGCGAUGGAAAGAGGCGGUCUCGCGAGCGCCGUGCUUCUUCACGUUCUGCACAACCUCCAACAGUUCGCGCUCCUCUCUGCCUUUCGUUGGUGUGUCUUCCGCAAACAAAGGGAGGCGAAAAAGGGAAGCACGCCUUGA